CUGAAGAAGGGGAAUCAUUACCAUCAGGUCAGAAUUGCAGGAGACUUGACUAUUAUAAAAGGGAACCGUCCUGAAGCUGAAAAAAAGUCUAAGCCCUACAAUAGAGGAUCUGCACAGACACUCAUCACAAUAGACCAUGAAUGUGGAUGACAUUAAAGAAGAGGACAUUUAUGAUUUUCUACCAGAGCAUUUGACCAGAGACGCCAAAGACAAUGCUAAUAGCACACCAAUGUGCAAAGAAGAACUGUGCUUGUCACAUGAAAUUACAGGAGUGGGGAAGUCUCUUGUUGUACAAGUCAGUGUGCAUGACCGCACUUCUACAAUCCAACCACCACUUCCAUCACAAGAGGGAACAUCUGUGAAGGUGAUUAAAGAGGAAGACAUUUAUGAUUUUCUUCCGGAGUAUUUGUACAGAACAAAGAAAGAAGAGAAUGAAAGUGACACUUCAUACUCAGAAGCAGCCUUGGAUCUGAAAAGGGAAACAGAGUCUUAUCUAAUGGAAAACAAUGGACACAUGUCAACAAGUGAACAACAGACAUGUCAUUCCAGUGUCCACCAACAUGCAUUUAAGGCUUAUCUCAAGAAGCAUCUGAGAAGUCACACUGGGGAAAGCCCUUACCAGUGUAGUACAUGUGGAAAAGGAUUUGCACGGAAAUGUGAUCUCAACAAGCAUCAGAGAAUCCAUACUGGCGAAAGGCCUCACCAGUGUAGUACAUGUGGAAAAGGAUUUGCACAGAAAUGUGAUCUCAACCAGCAUCAGAGAAUCCAUACUGGAGAAAGGCCUUACCAGUGUGGUGCAUGUGGUAAAGGAUUUGCAUGGAAAUGUGAUCUGAACAGUCAUCAGAGAAUCCAUACUGGCGAAAGGCCUCACCUGUGUAGUACAUGUGGAAAAGGAUUUGCAAAUAAAAGCAAUCUUAUUAAGCAUGAGAGAAUCCAUACUGGAGAAAGACCUUACCAGUGUACUACAUGUGGAAAGGGCUUUGCACAGAAAGGCGAUCUCAUUAAGCAUCAGAGAAUCCAUACUGGAGAAAGGCCAUACCAGUGCACUACAUGUGGAAAGGGCUUUGCACGGCAAAGUCAUUUCAUUACGCAUCAAAGAACCCAUACUGGGGUAAAGCCUCACCAGUGUAGUACAUGUGGAAAAGGCUUUGCACGGAAAGAUAAUCUCAACAGUCAUCAGAGAACCCAUACUGGAGAAAAGCCUUACCAUUGUAAUACAUGUGACGAAAGCUUUGCAGUCAAACAAAAACUCACCGAGCAUCAGAGAAUCCAUACUGGGGAAAACCCAUAUGAGUGUGCAACAUGUGGCAAGGCUUUCUCAUUGAAAGGUAAUUUAAUCAGUCACCAGAGAUGUCAUACAAGAGAAAAGCCCUACCACUAGGGUUGUAACUGUACACAAAAUUCGUGAAGCUGUCCAUCUAAUGAUUUUUGACCUACGGUUCGUUACAUCCCAUGUUUUUAAAAGAUCUCUUUAUAUUAAUUGGUUUUAUAGCUAGAUUAGGCUACAAGAGGCCAUUUAUAUAUUGUUUACGUUUAAAAAUAACAUUGAUACCGAUUUGAAGCUUGGAAGUACCAUCUCAAAAUAUCAUGUGGUUGUUCUCUGGACUGAGUGGUAGCAGAACUUCAAAGGGUGUAUCACUAUGCUUUCUUUUGGUAUUAGAAUUUCUCAAAUUGAUAUAAUAUUUUUCACAGCCCUACUUACCACUGUUCUGGGUAAAGCCUUUCCCUCAUUUUGCAAUGUACACUCAUUACCCAUCACCUGAGCACCUGUACAGAGGAAAGCGCUAGUGUACUACAUGUGGAGAAAGAUUUGCAUUGAAAAGGGGUCACCAGAAGAGGCAACAGAAAAUCCACAAUUAACACUCCACUGCACGAGGGCAGUAACUCUGAGGUCAGAAAAGUCAAGAUGCCCAGAGUGAGGGAAGCUCUACAGAUAUUGGAUAUAGACAUGAAAAUCUGAUGGACUGGGGCAUGGAAGCUUUAACAACAAACUGUGAAUGAACAUACUGUAGACAUAUAUGAAAGUAGGCCUAAAUGUGCUAACAAAUUGUGUUUAGUGGUUUUACAUAAUUACAUUCCCAUUUCGAUGUUAAGAUGUUAUUUCUUCAAUGU